UAACAAGGAAAGGCCGUUACUCAGCUUACAUAUGAAUAUGAUAUAACAAAACUGAAAAAAAAAAAAAAAAACCCUGAAAAUAGUGAUGUCGGAGAGUGGUAGGGGACACCACGGCGCCACCGCCGAGACUGGCAGAAGGGAACAGUUCAUGACGGAGAAUGUUGCCGGAGACUCGUCGUCGUCAUUGUCAUGGAGACUCAACGUGAAGGAGUUUCAGUUGCCACGCUUAAGUCAUAGCCAUGAUCAUCAUCAUCAACACCUCCCUAGUUACUUCACUUUCCGUGACCUUCUACGGAAACCAAAGAAGCAACGCAAGGUUGCAGAAUACUACAAGAAACAAGAGAGGCUCCUUGAAGGGUAUAAUGACAUGGAUACAAUGACUGAAACUGGUUGUUUUCCAGGAAGUCUCACUGAGGAUGAAAUGAAGCAAUUAGCAAGAAGUGAGAGCCUGGCAGUUAAUGUGUCAAAUGCAGCUAACUUGGUGCUAUUUGCAGCAAAGGUUUAUACUUCCAUUGAGAGCAGAUCAUUAGCAGUCAUUGCUUCCACUAUGGAUUCUCUCUUGGAUCUCUUGUCAGGGUUCAUAUUGUGGUUCACUGCUUAUGCCAUGAGAAAUCCAAACCAGUAUCACUACCCCAUUGGAAAGAAACGGAUGCAACCAGUGGGUAUCAUUGUUUUUGCAUCAGUGAUGGCAACAUUGGGAUUGCAGAUUUUGAUUGAGUCUGGCCGACAACUUAUUUCAAAGUCUAAGCCUGAAAUGGAUCCCCAUGAGUUGAAAUGGGUGAUCGGGAUUAUGGCAUCUGUUACUGUAGUGAAGUUCAUUCUCAUGGUCUACUGUCGAAGGUUUAAGAACGAAAUUAUCAGAGCUUACGCACAAGAUCAUUUUUUUGAUGUUAUUACCAAUUCAGUUGGAUUAGUUGCUGCUAUGCUUGCUGUCAAGUACUCUUGGUGGAUUGAUCCAAUGGGAGCUAUUAUUAUAGCAGUGUACACUAUUAAUACAUGGGCCAAGACAGUGAUUGAGAAUGUAUGGUCUCUUAUUGGAAGGACAGCGCCACCUGAAUUUCUAGCAAAGUUGACAUAUCUGAUAUGGAAUCACCAUGAAGAGGUUAAGCACAUAGACACUGUGAGAGCAUACACGUUUGGUACUCAUUACUUUGUUGAAGUAGAUAUUGUGUUGCCGGAAGAUAUGCCACUCAAUCAAGCACACAACAUUGGUGAGACAUUGCAGGAGAAAUUGGAGCACCUUUCUGAAGUUGAAAGAGCCUUUGUGCACAUUGAUUUUGAGUAUACUCACAGACCUGAACAUAAGAUGAUGGUAUAGGUACUAUAUGCCAAACGAAAAAUGAGUUGUUAAAUGGUUUUUAUGGGAUUAGUUAAUUAACCGCUGGCUCUAAUGAUUCUAUUUCCUUUUUGUAUUUUAAGCAAAUAAGUACACACGCCUUUCCGAUGUUUUGUAUUUGUCGAUGUCUCGCAUAUUUCUUAACUUUAGUUUAAUUACAUUGUAAAGUCAUCAUCUUUGUACAGCAAUUGUAAAUAGAGUGGGACUUACUCCCUUACCCUUGUGCGGCCCAACCAGACCCUAGCUAUCACAGGGCAAAAUCUAGAAAAUGUUUAGGGUACGUGAGGUUGAAAGUAAAGAAACACCUUUAUACUUGUGCUAGAUAAUACGACGUUACACUAUUUAUUCUUA